CAGUCUUCUUCACUCCUCUCCCAACCAACCUUCCUUCCUGUCAAUUUAUCUACCUCUUCCUCUUCUAUUAACUACAAAGCAAAAGCAUCGGCCCUCUGUGUUUGGAUUCAGAUCUUCAAAUCACAGAAACAAUGGCUCGCAAGAAGAUCAGAGAGUACGAUUCCAAGCGACUUCUCAAACAGCACCUCAAACGCCUCGCUAAUAUCGAUCUUCAAAUCCUCUCUGCUCAGGUGACUCAAUCUACUGAUUUCGCCGAGUUAGCGAACGAACAGCCAUGGCUUUCGUCCACCAGAUUGGUUGUCAAACCAGAUAUGUUGUUCGGGAAACGUGGAAAGAGUGGCUUGGUUGCUCUCAAUUUAGAUCUUGCUAAAGUUGUUGAAUUCGUUAAAGCACGCCUUGGCACUGAGGUUGAGAUGGGCGGUUGCAAAGCUCCAAUAACGACAUUCAUUGUAGAACCUUUUGUUCCUCACGAGCAAGAAUAUUACCUUUCAAUUGUUUCUGAAAGGCUUGGUUCUACCAUCAGCUUUUCAGAAUGUGGAGGUAUUGAAAUUGAAGAGAAUUGGGAUAAGGUUAAGACCAUCUUCCUUCCAACUAGCAAACCUAUGACCCUGGAAACUUGUGCUCCACUGAUAGCUACACUUCCUUUGGAAGUUCGAGGGAAGAUUGGUGACUUCAUCAUGGGUGUCUUUUCUUUCUUUCAAGAUCUUGACUUCAGCUUUCUUGAGAUGAAUCCAUUUGCACUGGUGAAUGGGGAACCAUACCCAUUGGAUAUGAGGGGAGAGCUGGAUGACACUGCUGCAUUCAAGAACUUCAACAAGUGGGGUAACAUAGAGUUUCCUCUGCCUUUUGGGAGAGUCCUGAGCCCUACAGAGAGCUUCAUUCAUUCGUUGGAUGAAAAGACAAGUGCAUCUCUGAAAUUCACUGUUUUGAAUCCAAAAGGGCGUAUCUGGACGAUGGUUGCUGGAGGUGGUGCCAGUGUUAUUUAUGCCGAUACAGUAGGAGAUUUAGGUUAUGCAUCAGAACUGGGCAACUAUGCGGAGUACAGUGGAGCUCCAAAUGAGGAGGAGGUCUUGCAAUAUGCAAGAGUCGUUAUCGAUUGUGCCACUGCGAACCCUGACGGUCGUAAGAGAGCCCUUCUCAUUGGAGGUGGCAUUGCUAACUUCACCGAUGUUGGUGCUACUUUCAAUGGAAUUAUUCGAGCGUUGAGAGAAAAGGAAGCCAAGUUAAAAGCUGCGAGGAUGCACAUCUAUGUUCGAAGAGGUGGUCCAAACUAUCAAACUGGUUUGGCAAGGAUGCGUGCUCUUGGAGAGGAACUCAGAGUACCCCUCGAGGUCUACGGCCCUGAGGCCACGAUGACUGGCAUAUGCAAGCAGGCAAUAGAUUGCAUUAUGUCUGAAGCAUAAACAUGCCAUUCUUUUUUAUUCUCCGAAGUCGAGCUAUGCUCCCGAUGCAGUUUGUUAUUCUUUGUUCGUGUCAUUAAGCUGGUCAUUUCACAAGUGUUGUGCGAUAAAAAACAUGAAAAGUGGUUCCAAUGUUUUAGCAUGAACGUUUGCUAUUUCAUUGAUCCUUGCCUGUC